AUGAAGCUGAAACCAGACGAUCACCAACCACUGAAUACUCAGUUAAGGUCGCUUAUACAAGCAGAUAACAUCGCAGAAGUCGAGGAGCUCUUGAAUCGAAACAGGCUCUUAGCCAAUGCCUCCAUCUUCUACGAGACUGAAAAGAGCCAACGGCCUGUAAAAUGUCUCGUCCUUCCACUGACCAUUGCCGCAAUAUUCGGUCGAGUUGCUAUCCUUGAGAUGCUAUUGUCCAAGUUCAAUACCGACGUCAAUGCCCCCAUUGGCACAGGAAGUCCAUCACUUCAUCUCGCGGCCGAGUAUGGCUGGCUGGUCGCUGCCACUCGUCUCUUAUCUCACGGGGCGGACAUCAAUCGGAUUGACGUGUGGGGAUGGACUGCUUUGCAUCACGCAUGCAGAAAUGCCCGAACAGAUGUCGUUAGGUUUUUCCUAGAGAAAGGGGCAAAUUCACGGCUACGAGCAAAUGGACGCCGCACAGCGUUCUCCCUUGCGUGUUCUCAAGGAAGCUUGCAGCUGCUGAACCUCCUCUGGAAUCAGGGGCCGGAGGCACAAAUCAGCAUGCCAGAUCUCCGAGGACAUCAGCCCUUACACCAUGCAGCUGGUGAUUGUUAUCACCGGGUCAUUCCAUGGCUCCUGGAGAAGCAAGCAGACAUCGAGGCACGCGGGGAGAUUGGCCUCACACCACUAUGUGUGGCUUCCAUUGCAGGAUCAUUCGAAGCUACUGAGGCUCUCUUAUUGAAAGGAGCAAACAUCCAUGCAAAGUCCACAAUUGAGAAAGCAACACCAAUACUUUACGCAAGCCAAAUGUUGAAUUCUCGAUUAUCACUUCUGCUUCUGGAAGCGGCUGUAUCCCUUGCAGAUACGGACCAGAGGAUAUAA